AUGCUGUGUUUUGUUUUCCUCUCCUCUGCAUCUCUCUUCCGUAUCCCCUCUCCACUCCUGUCCCUUCCUGCUCGCCUUAUCCCUCCCCAAUCUCCUGCUCGCCUUAUCCCUCCCCAGUCUCCUGCUCGCCUUAUCCCUCCCCAAUCUCCUGCUCGCCUUAUCCCUCCCCAAUCUCCUGCUCGCCUUAUCCCUCCCCAAUCUCCUGCUCGCCUUAUCCCUCCCCAAUCUCCUGCUGGGCUUAUCCCUCCCCAAUCUCCUGCUGGCCUUAUCCCUCCCCAAUCUCCUGCUGGGCUUAUCCCUCCCCAAUCUCCUGCUGGCCUUAUCCCUCCCCAAUCUCCUGCUGGCCUUAUCCCUCCCCAAUCUCCUGCUGGGCUUAUCCCUCCCCAAUCUCCUGCUGGCCUUAUCCCUCCCCAAUCUCCUGCUCGCCUUAUCCCUCCCCAAUCUCCUGCUGGCCUUAUCCCUCCCCAAUCUCCUGCUGGGCUUAUCCCUCCCCAAUCUCCUGCUGGGCUUAUCCCUCCCCAAUCUCCUGCUGGGCUUAUCCCUCCCCAAUCUCCUGCUGGGCUUAUCCCUGCCCAAUCUCCUGCUGGGCUUAUCCCUCCCCAAUCUCCUGCUGGGCUUAUCCCUCCCCAAUCUCCUGCUGGCCUUAUCCCUCCCCAAUCUCCUGCUGGCCUUAUCCCUCCCCAAUCUCCUGCUGGGCUUAUCCCUCCCCAAUCUCCUGCUGGCCUUAUCCCUCCCCAAUCUCCUGCUCGCCUUAUCCCUCCCCAAUCUCCUGCUGGGCUUAUCCCUCCCCAAUCUCCUGCUGGGCUUAUCCCUCCCCAAUCUCCUGCUGGGCUUAUCCCUCCCCAAUCUCCUGCUGGGCUUAUCCCUGCCCAAUCUCCUGCUGGCCUUAUCCCUCCCCAAUCUCCUGCUGGGCUUAUCCCUCCCCAAUCUCCUGCUGGCCUUAUCCCUCCCCAAUCUCCUGCUGGGCUUAUCCCUCCCCAAUCUCCUGCUGGGCUUAUCCCUCCCCAAUCUCCUGCUGGCCUUAUCCCUCCCCAAUCUCCUGCUGGCCUUAUCCCUCCCCAAUCUCCUGCUGGGCUUAUCCCUCCCCAAUCUCCUGCUGGCCUUAUCCCUCCCCAAUCUCCUGCUGGCCUUAUCCCUCCCCAAUCUCCUGCUCGCCUUAUCCCUCCCCAAUCUCCUGCUGGGCUUAUCCCUCCCCAAUCUCCUGCUGGGCUUAUCCCUCCCCAAUCUCCUGCUGGCCUUAUCCCUCCCCAAUCUCCUGCUCGCCUUAUCCCUCCCCAAUCUCCUGCUGGGCUUAUCCCUCCCCAAUCUCCUGCUGGCCUUAUCCCUCCCCAAUCUCCUGCUGGGCUUAUCCCUCCCCAAUCUCCUGCUGGCCUUAUCCCUCCCCAAUCUCCUGCUCGCCUUAUCCCUCCCCAAUCUCCUGCUGGCCUUAUCCCUCCCCAAUCUCCUGCUGGGCUUAUCCCUCCCCAAUCUCCUGCUGGGCUUAUCCCUCCCCAAUCUCCUGCUGGCCUUAUCCCUCCCCAAUCUCCUGCUGGCCUUAUCCCUCCCCAAUCUCCUGCUCGCCUUAUCCCUCCCCAAUCUCCUGCUGGCCUUAUCCCUCCCCAAUCUCCUGCUCGCCUUAUCCCUCCCCAAUCUCCUGCUCGCCUUAUCCCUCCCCAAUCUCCUGCUGGGCUUAUCCCUCCCCAAUCUCCUGCUGGCCUUAUCCCUCCCCAAUCUCCUGCUGGGCUUAUCCCUGCCCAAUCUCCUGCUGGCCUUAUCCCUCCCCAAUCUCCUGCUGGCCUUAUCCCUCCCCAAUCUCGCCGUAAGCCCCUCUCUAGCCACCCCAUGCAGCUCUGUCUGCUCCUGCGCCUCCUGUGCUCCAUCUGGCGCUCCUCCUCCUCUCCCCUCCUCCCUCUCCUCCUCCACCUCCGCUCCAACCCCACCCUCUGGUCCUCCCUCUCCUCCAUCCUCCACUCCUCCCCCUCCUCUCCCUCCCCAUCCCCCUCCACACUCCCCUCCCCUCCCUCGCUCUCCUCACUCUCCCCUUCCCUCGGCACCUCCUCGUCGUCCGCUGACGUGGAAUACGCCCCCGCUGAGCUGGCGCAAGCUGGCUGGCGCUGGCGCUCCCACGCCGCCGCCCUGCGCCUCGUCUCCCUCAACCUAUUCCUGGAGAAGAAGCUUCCUGGAAAAUACUCAGCCGGAGGAGCGGCAACAGGAGCGGGGAUGCUGCUGCUAGAGGCGAGCGGAGGAGGGACGAAGGGAGGAGAGGGGGUGGGGUUGGUGCAGGAACUGCUGGCAUGCAAGCUGUUGGCGGCCGUGCUGAUGUGGCGGGUGGCUGUUGGUGACGUGGAGGGAAUGAGCCUGCGACUGCUAGAGCAGAUUCACUCCAUCUCCUUCCAAGUGAUUUCCUUCUUAUUUGCGCAAUUCUUCCCUUUCUCCCCUUCCCUUCCUCUCUCAUCUCACGGUUCUCAAUCCACUUGCCUCAACUCUCUGCCGUGCACUCUCUGCGGCACAUUUCACCUGAUUUUUUUUCAUAGCUGCCAUUCUCCCCGUCUCUUUAUCCCCAUCUUCCGCAUGCAGUUCUUUUCACACCCACUUCUGCAGCAGCUACGCCAUCAGCUCUCCUCAAACCACUUCUCCCCUCACCACCACCCCUCUGACUGGAAACCCGCUCUCCUCUCCGCCCUCUGCUCCUCAAUCUCCUCUCAGCUCCCCUCUUCCCUCUCCUCUCUCUCCUCCCUCUCCUCCCUCCUCUCCUCCACUUCCCUCCUCGCUUCCUCCACCUCCUCCCUCACACCCUCCUCUCUCUCCUCCUCCUCUCUUGCCAUAGCCGAACGCUGCCUGGACUCGGUGGAAGCUGCUGGGAAGCUUCUACGGGCCCUGGCAGGGGCAGCAGUAGCAGAGGGAGGAGUGGGAGGCUUGCUGAGAGGGGGGUUGGAGUUAGGAGGAGGGGCAGCAGCAGGAGGGGCAGCAACAGGAGGGGAAGCAGGAGGGGAAGCAGGGCAGGAGCAGGGAGCAGCAGCAGAAGCGAGGGUAGAGCGGUUAGAGAGCAUUGCAGGCAGCAUUACUACUGCCUUCUUUCCACGCAGCCUCACUGCCUCGGCUGGUCUCCGCUGCUGGGGCAGCAGCGACAGCAGCGGUUGUGGCGGUGCCAGUGCUGGUGGUGGUGGUUCUGCUAGUGAAAAGUCACCGCCCCUUGCCCUGGUGGCAGCAGCAGCAGAGGCGUGUUUGAUAGCAGAUGGGUUCCUGUGGCAAGCAGGGGGGCUGCUGGGAGCAGCACGGGCUGCAGGAGACGUGCUGGCAGUCAGCAGCGGGGGGGGACUGAGCGGUGCAGAUGGGUUUCAGGGGAGUACGGUGGGUGCGGAGGAUCCUUGGGCGGUGCAGUGGGGUGCAGAUGGGUCGGCUGCGGUUGAGCACUCGUUUCUUGAGAGCACUAUCACCGCUCUCUCCUCCUCGCUCCUCGUUGCGUGCUCUUCUGUCCUCCCUCUCCCGCCCUCCUCGCCCUCCUCCCCUCCUCUCCCCUCCCCAGCUGCCUAUCUCUCCUCCUCCUCUCGCCUUCUCCACCUCUUAAUCAUCCGAUGGACCCACCACCAGAAGCAGGAAAUUCAGAGGAAGCUUCCUGGUCAAGAAAGUCAACAGAGCCUGGCAAGUCAACAGGGUGUCUUAGAAUCCGCUGCUUCGUUUGCCUCGACCCUCGUGAGAAGGCUCAUGGAAGCUUCCCGGAAGCUGAUGGAUGCUGAGCUGGCAGAACUCGUGGGGCCCUGGCCCGCCGUGUCGACACUUGGCAGCCUGCUAUCGGUCCUGCAGCUGAUCCACGUCAUGCUGACGUCAGAGCAGAGGAGGAGCGAGUUACCAGGUUCAUCCGACACACCCGCCACUGUCUCCCUGCUACAAGACAAAACAGCUGACGUCACUGUGGUGCUUUCCGAGAACCUUACCGUGCUCCUCGAGGCAGCUUCCUCGAACAUCCAAGAAGACGCGCAGGGAUUCAUCGGCGCGGCAGACGCUUCCAGGAACCUUCCGAUGCAAGCUCUAGCAGUGGUGGAAAUGGCGCUCAGGUGCUUCCUCUCCCCCCUAACAUGGCGACCUCUGGUAUCUGCCCAUCUCUCCCUCCCCUCCCUCCUCUCCUCCACUCUCCAGUACCGCCCUCCGCCCUCACAAGAAGCCACCGCCGCAGCAGCAGCUGCUGGGAACACCACAUGGGACGGAGCAGUUGCAUAUUCCUCUCUCUCCUCUCGUUCCUCUCGCUUCUCUCGCUCUGCAUCUGCGCGGGUGGUGCUCAGUCUCUGCCUCACCCUCUCAUCCACGCGUGAGGGCGCAGAUCUUCUCCUGGCCGUUGGAUUCCUGCGCCACGUCAGCACCAUCACUGACAGCCUGCCGCCUCACUCCCACCUCAGCGUCGGCCCUUUCCAGGAAGCUUCUGCCGCCUUUGGGGGGCUGUAUGCUGAUAGAGGGGGUUCGGAUUUCAAUGCAGCAGCAGCGGCAGCGGCGGCGGCAGCGGCAGCAGCAGCAGCGGCAGCAGGGGGGGUAGCAUGGAGGGCAGCAGGAGGAACAGGGGUGUGGGGACGGUUGGCAGCGGCAGGAGGAGGAGGAGCAGCAAGCACACCCGCUACAGCCACUACAGCCAGCACCACCCCUGCUGCUGCCCUCUUCCCUCCUUCCCCUACUCUUACAGGCAAAGGGGUCAGCCCUACCGGUCAACCCGAGGGAAUCAAAUCUGGGACGCUUAAAGUAGCCUCUACUUCCCCAGCUACACCCCAGUCCCCCCUUAUUAGCACACCUGGUACAGGCACAGGCACAGGGGGAGGUUUGGGCCUCUGGGGUGCGAAGGGGCAGCAGGGACAGGCUGGGUUUGGAGCAGGUUCGGCAGGGCAAACCAAGUCUGGAGGUUCGGAAGCGGGGGGGAAGUCCGGACUGGGGGUAGGAGACGGGAAAGGAGGAGGAGCAGGCGGUGUUCGUCGUCUGCAUUCAGAAUACACUGAUACUGUAGCAAUUGAGGUGUACUCCCUCGCUCUCCACUCCCUACACUUCCUCACUUCCCUCCUCCGCAGAUAUUUCCCCUCGACCGCUGACAUGGCGGGGGGCUGUGCUGACGUGGCAGGGAUGCAGCAGUGGGCAGGGCGGGGGGUGGGGGGAGGGGAGGUAGGAGAGGGGGGGUGGAUGGGAGGGUUUGGGGGAGGAGGGGGAGGGGUGAUGGCGGGGGUAAUGGGAGGGGCGGCAUCUGCAGUGGUGGUGAUGGGGGAAGGUGCACCCGUGCUGCCGGCACCAGAGGUGCUACACGGUUUAGAGCGUUCAAGGCAAGCUCUCUUGGUCCAGACUUGUGCUGCCUGCCAGGCCAGCACCAGAGGUGCUACACAGUACAGUCUGGAGGACCAAGCAGUGGCAAUCAUUCUAGACAUUCUCGCAUCUGCAGACCAAGCCAAUCACCACCCAUCCUCCUCCUCCUCCACCCCAAACCAACCCCCCACCAACCCACCCACCUUCAACCCCUCCUCUCCUCUCCGCCCCACCACCCUCUUUGGAAACCCCAGCCUCUCCUCCUCCCCACCCGCCCGCUCCUCCCCCUCAUUCCCCUCCUCCUCCUCCUCCCCCUCCGCCUCCUCUCACUCGUCCUCCUCUCUGCCACCCGCCCGCCUGGCGGUGUGUCGGCUGCUUCUGGGGGUGCUGGUGAGGGCGCUAGCAGUGGAGGUGGCGUUGGUGCGGCUAGUGGGCCCCACCAUGCUGCCCUCUGCUCUGAGGCUCGAUGAUUUCGAUGCUGCCGUGCAGCUCAUAGUGCAAGCGGCAGGAAGGGAACCGUUGAUUCAGUCCGAUGUGGAGGCGGUGGUGGCGCUCGUCAGCACACUCACUCACCUGUCGUAG